AAUCCCAGCGCUGGUGGGCGGGGCCUGCGCGGGGCAGUGGGCGGAACUCUGGGCGUGUAAAGAUGCUGGCCAUCUGCAGCUAAAGCAGCUAGCACCAAAACAUGCGGAUUAAACCCGAAUUAUACAGGAACCGGUUCUGAUUCGGAGCGGAGAGCGGGUCCGGGAUCAUGGCGGGGAUCAUUAAGAAGCAGAUCCUGAAGCAUUUAUCCAGGUUUACGAAGAACCUCUCUCCUGAUAAGAUUAACCUGAGCACGCUGAAGGGGGAGGGUCAGCUCUCCAACCUGGAACUGGAUGAGGAGGUGCUUCAGAACAUGCUGGACCUGCCCACCUGGCUGGCCGUCACCCGAGUCUACUGCAACAAGGCGGCUAUCAGAAUCCAGUGGACGAAGCUGAAGACGAGCCCCAUUUGUUUGUUUCUGGACAAGGUGGAGGUCGAGAUGCGGACAUGUGAGGAGCCCCGCCCCCCAAAUGGCCCCUCCCCUAUCGCCAUCACUCCAGGUCAAAGUGAGUACGGCUUUGCGGAGAAGGUGGUGGAGGGCAUGUCCGUCAUUAUCAACUCCAUCACUAUUAAAGUUCAGGCCCGGGCAUUCCACGCCUCCUUCGAGCUCUGGCAGCUUCAGGGAUACAGCCUCAACCCCAAGUGGCAGAAAACCGACCUCCGAUACACUCGCAUCACACACCCCAAACGAGGAGAGGUUUUGACCUUUAAGGAGAUAAACUGGCAGAGUCUUCGUAUUGAAGUGGAUGCAAUAGAGAGCGACGAUCAGGACCUGGGCAGCACACCGUUACGCCUCAUCACCAACCAGGGGCGCAUCCGCAUCGCCCUCAAACGCAGGGUUAAGGACUGUAAUGUUCUCGCCUCAAAGCUGCUCUUCAUCCUGGACGACCUGCUGUGGGUUUUGACCGACUCUCAGCUGAAAGCCGUGAUCCAUUAUGCUAAAUCCCUGAGCGAAGCCAUGGAGAAAUCUGCCCAGCAGGGGAAAAGCAUGGCAGCCGAAUCACUACAGACUGCUCCACCCUCACCUGGGCCAAACCCAUUGUGGGCGGAGCAUCCUCCAGCACCUGUGGGCACGCCCAGCACACUAGCGCAGUAUUUUGACCUUCAUGAUGUGAAGGAGUCGUCUUAUCACACCUUUAUCUCUCGCCUGGACCUGCACAUCUGCAACGACAGCUCAUCGGCAGAAACCGAUGAACCCCCGGUUCCCGGCUCUCAGGGAGCGAUGCAGCUAACCUUCCGAAAACUGGGCUGUGAUUACUACCCUUUCCACCGGCCAGGUGACGGCUGCAGGCACUGGGAGGGAUACUGUGGAGCGAUGGACUCUCGAGCUCAGUGGGCAGCGAAGCUUCUGCAGGAGUUCCAGCAGAGGGUGGACGCUUCCGGCUUUCCUGGACCAAUCGCUGACCAGAACCCACCCGGCACACAGUCCCCGGCCCGGAGAACCCAGGAAGGAGAAUCCGCCCGCAAGUCCAGCCCUGAAGGGGGCGUGGCCUCCCGGACGUCUGGGACCGCCCUAAAGAGAUUCCGGUCUAGCUGCAUGGUGUUCCGGGUGGACGAUCUGGACAUCCACCAGGUGUCCACCGGGGGGCGCAACAGCAAGAGAACCCAGUCUCUUCUGUCCUGUAACCGCAAGACGCUCCAGCUGCCGGAGAAUACGCCCGCUAUCCACAUGCAGUUCACCGAAUACUACUUCCCCCACAGCCCCGGAACUCCCGUGCCCUGUUCUAACCUGUACGCUCAGCUGAACGGUCUGCAGUUGUGUGUAGACGCUCCCAGUCUCCUGUGGAUGGCGCUGUUCUCCCGGGGUCUGCUCCGGACGCUCGACCAGGUCAAAGCCUUCUACCACCUGCAGGACAGCAGCAAGACCGACGAGCAUGUGGACGUCUGGGUGGACGCUACGCAACUGAGGUUGGUGGUUCCUCUGGACUCCUCUAUCCUGGACCAUCCAGACCGUCCUCAGUCUCUGAGCUUCAGUCUCCCGCAGGCGGUUCUGAGUAACACCCGCCACUGUCCUCACGGGUCGCUCUCCGACCUGCAGGGCGUCUACUCCAGCUUUUCCGCUCAACCGUUCUUCCAGACGUCCCCGAGUCCCCCGUUCCCUCGCGACCGCAACACCUUCCAUCCCCUUCCACCAGAGUUCCUUCACUCCUCCACUGAGAAACUUCCCAGCCGGUCGCGAGACCUCUGGUGCUUGAGCCUGUCUCGGGCGGGGCUGGGUUUUGAAGGAACCCGCCGAGGACCUAAGGGCAGAGUGUUGCCGUUCGUGGAACCGUUUGCCAUGUCUGUUUGGAUGUGCCACCCAAAAGCCCUGAGUGGGAACUUGGUAUCUCCCGCUGGAAGCACAGGAAGUGGUCCUGAUGCCCCAAAAAGUCCUGGAAUAAACCAUGUCCUACCAGUGCAGGACGACCAGACUCCUGUACCUGAAGCUCCCUCAGCACCUGUCCACAUCCUGGCACAGUCCAUCACCCCGGUUAAAGUGUGGCUGAACCACUACCAGUAUGUCGCUCUCCUCAGGAUGAAGGACUACAUCGCUCGGCUGGCCGGAGAUCUUACCCGUGACCCUCAGAGUUCUGGCCAGGUUUCAGAAGAGAAGAAAGCUAAUCAUCCUGCGGUUUGCAUCUCUUUCCUCUUGGAGGUGCUAGAGCUCAGCCUGCUGCUGCCGCCCACCGUAGCGGAGCCUGAAGAGGACGCCGGUUCUCCAGAGGAGACGGACACUCGGAGCAUCACGGACUCCGAAACGUCUCCAUCCCACAGAGCCAGCGGCCAGGCGCUGCUGCAGGACGGUAACGUCGGGGAAAACGGCACAGCCAGCGCCGGAGGAACCCAGGACGAGGCAGACGAGGGAGACUGUGAAGGAGAAGGAUCAGUGGAGGAAGCUUGUGAGGCCGUGGAGGAAGUGGACAAACAAACCGCCCAGAACGAACAGUCCCAGCCAGCGACGCUCGUAACGUCCCCUCCCCAAUCGCCAGCCAUGACCCGAGACACUUCCACCUUCAGCCUAGAGGGGGAGCUUUCUAAUGCCCUCAACGCCACCAAGGACGUCACCAAAGACGCCCUGAAUGCCUCUCUGGACCUCACCAAGGGGGCGCUGUCCAUCACGAAAGACGCCUUUAGCAUCCUGAGUCGUGGGUCGGCCAUGACCAAGCUCUUCAGCACUCCGACCAAGGAGCAGACUGCCCGACCUGACGACGGUAGUCUACGUCUGCAGCCCCUCAAACACUCUUCUUCCCAGAAUUCCUGUGAUAGCGGUCUGCUGGACAGCAGUAUUGCAGAUGAUGGUCUGUCGGUGGACAGCGACACCAGCGAGAACUUCAUCAUCCUGCUGGACUCCGAGUCUGGUUUGGAGUCUAUGCGUCCUAACGGUACUCCAGUGCACUCAGGUAGCCGGGUCAGUCCUGCCGGGGGGACGGAGGGAGGGUCUUCAGCAGACCUGAGCAGCUCUCUGUCCCAAAGCACUGAGGACAUCUCCCAGGACACAGUGUCGGUGCUGAUGCUGUGUGUGGGCGGAGUCAGCUCGGUGAUGGAGAUGCGAGGGGAGGAUGUCGUCGUGGCGACUGAGGCGCGGUCCAUCACCCCCAAACAACUGGGCAACCAAAGACUGGCAGAGCUGCUGGCUGGACUGGCACUGCCACCCGGUGGUCCGUCGUCCCCCGCCCCCCUGUCCCGUGUCCCCCCGUCCCCCGGGCCGCGGGCCCCCCCGGCGGUGUGUGUGCGGGUGGAGGGGGGUCCGGCUGCGGGGCGGCACUGCCCGUCGGCAGAGGGGGCGGGGUUUCUGGAGGUGUGUGUUCAGGGCUGCAGGGCGGAGCUUCUGACCUCCACCCUAAACACACUCGGCCCGUUCCUGGAGGACGAGCUCACCGCCGAGCCUCCACCAAUCAGACUGCGGAUCUACAACACCAGCCUCACACUGAAGGAUGACGGUCCGCGGGUGUACCCCACCGCCCCCCAGCCCGUACCCGUGGCCUUCUACCUGGACAGUUUGGUGCUGGAGCGCCUGGACGACGGGCGUCUCACUCUCAGACCCACUAGCAGCCAAUCAGGAGAGAGAACCCAGGACAGACCCUGCUGUGGACCUGGAGAGGAGGGGGAGGUGGAGGUGCUGCAGGUGGAGUUGGGUGAAGCUCGUUCUGCUCUGGCUGCAGUUCUGUCGGAGCGAGAGCGCCUCCUGCAGGAGAUCCACAAAUACAACCCUGCAUUUACCCUGUAAUCCAUCCAUCCAUCCAUCCAUCCUUACAUACAGCACCAGCAGGGGGCGCCACCGACACACACACACACACACACACACACACACACACACACACACACACUGACACGAGCCUCAAGAUCAACACCACGACCUUCUUCUUCUUCAUCACAGUUACUGUAAUCAUCACUGACUCACCCUCUCUCUCUCUCUCUCUCUCUCUCUCUCUCUCUCUCUCUCUCUCGUUACCUGUGUGACUCACCUGGAUGAGUGAGGAGGUUGUAGUGUACAGGUGUGUGAGAGUGUGAGUAGGUGUGUAGCUCUGUUCACCUCUGGUACCCACAAUGCACCACUGCUGUUGUGCAAACACUGAUGAUAGGUGUGUAGUUCUGAUAGACAAUAAUGUUUCACUGUAGAGCUGCCUGUGUGUGUGUGUGUGUGUGUGUGUGUGUUUGGGGUUCUGGUGGUUCUAUGUGUGGUUCUGACGGUACUGUUCUCCAGUCGUUUCCUGUAUUAAUGCAGAACAGAACCGGGUUCAGUUAAGUGCAUUAUAGUGAUGAACUCUAGAGCAGGGGUUCUUCUAAGGUCGUGUUCACACCAGCUACAUUUAAUCCGGUUUAAUCGAGCUCUGGUUUGGUUUGGUUUGCACUCUUGGUGUGAUUCUUUUGAACACUUUGGGUGCUUAUUCGGUUGCAUUCAUGUGGUUUGUGAGGUAAGAAGAAAACAAAUUGGGCAUUUUUAAUGCCUUUUUUAUAUAGUUUUUAUUUUGUAAAACCCAUGAAGAUACAUAGCUAGUUAGUCUAGUGUUAGCUAAAUGUAUAAAGCUAAUUAGUUACUAAGUGUUACUUUAGCUAAACAAAGAUAAAUAGCUAGUAAUGUUUAUAUUAGCUAAACUUAUAAAUCUAAAUAUCUAGUAAAGCUAAUAGUAGUUAAAUGCAUAAAGCAAAAUUGCACCUAAGCUGUAUAAAAGUUACAUUCAAGAAGCUAAAUUGCUAGUUAGCUUUAGAUUAAGUUGCUAGCAAGAUUUUCGUUUUGCUAGCUAAAUUGUGCAUAAGCUAUAUCGAAAUUAAACUCACAAAGCGUGAUAGCUGGUUAGAUUUACGUUAGCUAAACAUAUGAAGAUAAAGUUUUCGCUAAUCUCAUGAAGCUAAAUACCCACCUGUAGCUAGCCUUGUAGCUCCUCCUCAUUAAAUAUAAAAAAAAUACCAAAGCUUUUUAAUAAAAAGCUGGUGGUACCAAUCCACUGUAGAAUCUGUUUUUGACCAAAUUAUUUUUUAUUUUAUUUUAAUUAUCCGACUUUUAUAUUAAAAAAAAAAAAAAAAACACAAAACCGGAAAGUUUUUAGCACAUUUUUUUUUUUGGGUUGUUAUUUUGUCACUAUAAAUAUCAUGUGUGGUUCUUUUGAGCAAGUCUGAAAACAGUAAACGCACUCGAAUUCCGACCAAAAACAAUCAUACCACAACCCGUGAGAGGAGGUGGUUCUUGGUCUGGCCGCAAACCAAUUCCAGAGGGGUUCUUAUUGGUGGUGAGAACACGAUCCAGUCUUGAUCCGACUCGACCAUCAAAUAUAUUGCUUAUAUUUUAGCUAACCGGCUGUUCAGGUGCAGUUCAACCUGAUUAAUUACCCAGAUAAUCGCUGCUCACAUCCUAAAUUUCAUACUGCACAGCUAAACGUGCUGGUCUGGAAUGCAGAACCUUCUUGUUUUAUUUACUUUCUAGCUCCGCCCCAGAAAGUUCUGACCAAUUAGAGAACACAACACAUCACAUGGUUUGUUGAGGAGCAUAUUUGUGUGUUUAGGUUUGUGCCAAAGGUUAAAACUCCCAAGUAAAUGAAUUCAUUAACUGAUUUAGAUUAGAGAAACCUAAUACAGGUGUGAACACACACCUAAGAGGAUAAACAUUUGUUAUAAAGUGCUAAAUAAAUACAUCUAAAUUUAAUUCUUAACUUAAGGUGGGAUAAAAUAUCGAUAUCAGUACGUAUGGCAUUGUUUUCGAUAUAUGAUACGAUAAAUGAUUAAUACGUGGUGUGAAAUGUGGAUAUUGAUACUGAUAGAUAGAUAGAUAGAUAGAUAGAUAGAUAGAUAGAUAGAUAGAUAGAUAGAUAGAUAGAUAGAUAGAUAGAUAGAUAGCUGGCAACAAUUGAUGUCUUAAUUAGUGUUAAUAAUAGUUAUUUGAGAUUCGGUUGAUUCGUAUAGUUAAAAAAUAGGAAUUGAGGUUAAGAACCCCUGCUCUAGUUAUAUGGUGGAGCUACGAGGCUAACAAAUAAUGGAAGCUUAUUUAAAGCAACUAGCAAAGUAUUAGCUAAACACAAAGCUACAUGCUAGUAAACUUUACAUUAGCUAAAGUCAUAAAGAUAAAUAGCUAAAAAACUUUACAUUAGCUAAACACACAAAGCUAAAUAGCCAGGUAGUUUAAUGUUAGCUAAAUGUAUAAAGCUAAAUUGCUAAUAAGCUUUACAUUAGCUAAACACAAAGCUAAAUAGCUAAUUAGUCUAAUGUUAGCUAAAUAUACAAAGCUUAAAGAGCUAAUAAGCUUUACAUUAGCUAAAUAGACAAAGCUAAAUAGCGUAUUAGUCUAAUGUUAGCUAAAUGUAUAAAGCUAAUUAGCUACUAAGUGUUACUUUAGCUAAACACACAAAGCUAAAUAGCUAGUAAUGUUUAUAUUAGCUUAACUUAUCAAUCUAAAUACCUAGUAAAGCUAAUGGUAGUUAAAUGCAUUAAGCUACAUUGCAUGUAAGCCCUACAGAAGCAAAAUUUAUGAAGCUAAAUGGCUAGUUAGCUUUAGAUUAAGUUGCUAGCAAGAUUUCCGUUAGCUAAACUCUUAAAAUAUAAUAUAUAGUAAGCUUUAUGUUAGCUAAAUAAACACAUUAAAUAGCAAAUAAGCUUUACAUUAGCUAAACUCACAAAGCGUGAUAGCUGGUUAGCUUUACGUUAGCUAAACAUAUGAAGAUAAUGUUUUUGCUAAUCAUGUAAAGCUACAUAUCCAGCUGAAGUUAGCCUCGUAGCUCCUCCUCAUUUAAUAUAAAUUGAAACGUUACCAAAGCUGUUUAUCAAGCACUUGUGCUAAAUGUAGCUAAUAAUGAGUGGAUGCUAAUAGACACCGAUUAGCAUGAGGUUAGUGGUGAGGUGCUAACUGGUGGUUAACUGGUUUUAAGUGCACUUUGUGCUAAUAGGCCUUUCUCUCGCUUCCGGGGUCGACAUUUCCGGUCUAGACAUUUCUGUGUAAACUCAGUUCCGUUUGGAGCGUUCGUUCUUCCGCCAUGGCGCAAGUGAGUAGUAAGUGUUUUUGCAGCGUACCACUGUGCUCUAAUUCCAAGCAAAAACAGCCUUAUUUGAGUUUCCACUCAUUUCCAGCUGAGGAGGAACUCAGAAAGAAGUGGGUGAUAGCCAUUAGAAGGAGUGAGGGGCCGAAUUUCAAAAUUCUUAGGAACAGCACGCAUGUGUGUAGCGCUCAUUUUGAGCCGCAGGACAUCUACGUUACACCAAAGGGCAAGACGUGGCUGAAGAAAGGUGCGAUACCGCGUCGUUUUAGCUGGACUCGGCCAGCCAGGCAGUCUGUGUACAGCAGAGUGAAUUCCCGUCUCGGAGAUUCUGCUCGUUUGGACGAGGAGGGCGCGAUAGGGGAGCAGGCUGUCGGUGUGCUGGAAGAAGAGGGAGACGGGAGCGCGGCUGUGCGGGACCACGACUACGUGACUCGGCCGACUCCCGGAGCUGUUGAGGAGUUGCUUGAAAAAAUCAAAGAUCUUGAGGAGCAGUUUGAGAGGUUGACUGUCAUCAGGACGCAGUUCAGCAGAUUUUGUGUUUCGGAUGAAAAUUUUAAAUAUUACACCAAAUUCCCUUCUGAGCAGCACUUCACUGUUUUUUGGAGAUCUAUUGAGCCAUCAGCAAGCAGACUCAUCUACUGGAGCAAAGCGCAAAAAAUGGGAAAAGAGGCCGCUGCGAAUGCAACACCAAGUCCAUCUCGCAAGCUACAGCUGAUUGACGAGUUCUUCAUGUAUUCCCUUCGCACUGCAGUGGGAUUAAAGGAGAAAGUUUUGGCUGACAUGUUUGAAGUGAGCCUUUCAAGUGUAAGCAGGGUGAUCAUUACGUGGGCCAACUACCUGUAUGCAGUCCUUGGUUCAGUUCCAAUAUGGAUGACACGGGAACAAGUGAGAAGACACCUUCCCUCAAAGUUCCGAAAAUAUUGCCAGAAUGUCCGAGUCAUUUUGGACUGUACUGAGCUGCGUUGUGAGUCACCAAAUGCAAUCACUCUGCAUUGUGAGACUUUCUCCACGUACAAGUCUCACACAACUUUCAAGGGUCUCAUUGGGGUUUCUCCAAGUGGUGUCGUCACCUUUGUCUCCAGGCUUUUCACCGGUGCUGUCUCAGACAAGGAGAUCACUAGGCUGUCUGGCAUUAUUGAUCUGUUGGAGGAAGGUGAUGAAGUCAUGGCAGACAAAGGUUUUCUUAUUGAAAACUUGUUGUCUGUUGCUGGAGCAAAACUUAUUAUUCCACCUUUCAAACACAAGGCUCAGUUUACAAAGGAGGAGACAGAGCAAACUCAAGCCAUUGCACGGUUGAGGAUUCUGGUAGAACGAGUCAUUCGCAGAGUAAAAGAAUUCCAUAUAUUUGACUCUGUAAUUCCUCUCACCCUAGCAGGCAGCAUUAAUCAAAUAUGGGCCAACUGCUGCCUGCUGGCGAACUACCAAGGACCCAUGGAACUUAACCCACGCUAACUGGAGCAUCAUGCACCCUUCUUGUCAGUCACCCUCAAUCAAAAAGUGCGCUUUUCCACCAGCAAGUCGAACAUGGUGAACAUGGGCGAUUGAGUCGACAUUGGGGCACUUCACUUCCACUAUUCCAAAUGGUGGGUUUUCUGUCGGAUCAACCACUUUUCCAUCAGGACUGGCACCAAGAUGGGGAGCAUCAGGGUGGACCACCAAACCACAGGGCAACACAUUGACCUUGAAGCUUUCAGCGUACCUUGUCAGCACCUCAGGCUCAAGUUCAAGUCCACGCUUCAUAGCUUCUGUUUGACACACUCCUUUUAGCAUGCGCAAAGACAGAGCCUGGGCAGAUGAUUCUCCACGGACAUGCGCAGCUUCAUGAAAGCGACUGGCAGUGAGACGUGGGUGGCGCAUAAGGUUCCAUAGUUUGCAUUUGCUCUGUUCCCUUGUUUCCUUUUCUAUUGAAAUGGACAGCUCCCUUGAUACCUGAAGACUUUGCAGAUGGUAAAAGUGGUGAACAUUGGGGACAAAAUGUACAUUUUGUGAUAGCCUGUAAUUUUUCUGUGGUAGAUCUGGGAACACAGGAGCUGGAACGUGUGUGCUGAUGUCAAUAGUUUUAUCUGGGGGACACUGGUAGGAUAAAACACAUCCACGUGGCACCAGUCCAAAUUUUGAUUCUACCAGUGUCAUCUCUGUCAGCUCCAAAAGAACCUGACAGACAAGGGGUUGUGGGUCCAAACUGUGCAUGGCAGAUGCAGAGGCCAUUACAGACUCCUCAGGAAGUGGCCCUGAAAAAAGGCUCUUUUUAAUGUAUUGUAAUGUAAUGUAUGUUAUUUCUUUUAACAUUUUGAUUUUGAGAUUUCAUGUCGUAUGUCCAAUUUAACAUGUAAAUAAUUGUUUAUAUAAUCUGGUACAGGUACAUCUCAAAAAGUAGAAUAUCAUUGAAAAGUUACUUUAUUAAGGCCAAUAAAUACUUUAUUAAGAAAUUAAGAUUUAUUAAGGUCUUUAUUAAGGUCUUUAUUAAGACCUUAAACUGAUCAGUUUCUCUGAUUCUACUAUUUCUAGGUAUUUGUUUGAGUAAAAUGAUCAUUGUUUUAUUGUAUAAACUACAGACAAUUCUCCCAAAUUCCUGUCCUGUCAUUUAGAGCAUUUAUUUGUAGAAAAUGAGAAAUGGUCAAAAUGACCAAAAAUGCAGUGCUAUCAGACCUUAAAUAAUGCAAAGAAAUAUAAACUUUAUCUUUUUUUCUAUAUUUUUUUGCAAAUAAAUGCUGUAAAUGACCAUUUUUAUUUGGAAUUUGAGAAAUGUUGUCUGUAGUUUGUAGAAUAAAACAACAAUGUUCAUUUUGCUCAAACAUAAACCUAUACCUAAUAGUAAACUCAGAGAAACGGAUAAUUUUGAAGUGGUCUCUUAAUUUCUUUCCAGAGCUGUAUAUUAUAUACAAUUGGUCUUAAAUAAUAUUAAGUUUCUGAGAUGCACCUGUAUAUCUGGUUCAGAAUUUAAUUAGGUUGAUGUUCAGUGACUGAUGAGGCUAAAGACUAUUCAGCCCUGGAAAUAUUUAUUGAAAGCCCUGCUGCAUCUUUUUCUUUAUUUUCACCAUUUCACAUUUCUGCUAAUAAGUGUUCUAAAUGGCAAUAUUUUCCUAUUUGGACAAAUGUCAGUAGUGUAUAGAAUAAAACAGCAAAUUUCAUUUUACUCAAACAUUUUCCUAUAAAUAGUAAAAUCAGAUACACUGAUACUUUUAGCUGUGUUCUCUUAAAUUUUUCAUGUAUAUUUCUAUUAAUACUCAUUAAAGCUGUUCUGGUACUUUGUGGUGGUCAAACACCAUAUGACAUACAUUGUUGGUGUUGCAUUUGAUUUGGUGUGUGUGUGUGCAUGUGUCACCUGUGUAUGCUUUGUAAAGUGUUGAUUUAAUUCCACUGCUGCCAGAUGUUUUUGGCUUUCUUACGCAGAGUUGAUCUACAGGUUCAGGUUGGAUACCCUAAAAUAAAUCCAUGCUUUUAAAUAUUCUUUAAAGA